UGACAGCGGCAGCCACAAGUCUUUCCGCCUCCAAAUCUUGAUUGCAGAGUGAAGAGAUUAUGGUGGACUGACAAAUGCUGUCUCUAGAGCCUGGAAAUUGACCAGACUGUCUGAUUUUCCCAUGCUUCAGCUAACCAAAAGGAGGAGGAAAAAAAUCAUCCCAGCAUGACUGCUGCUUCCAGGCUCUUAUUUGCACUGAAUCUCCUCUCUCCUCUUCUAGAUGUUUGAUGGUUAUUACUUUAGAUUUACCAGUCUAGAUAGAUUUUCAACCUGGAAUUCUCUCUGCCCCAAAGAUGCUACUGGUGACUGCUGGCUUGCUAGGAAGGAGCAUUUGGUUAUCUGAGUAAAACUUUUACCUGGUCCUUAUGCGUUUGUCUGUGCAAAGGGACGGAUUUCCUUGAAGAACGACAGCAACAGCACCAUCACUUCAGGAACAGCAAAUUCAGGGGAAGAGCUGGGCAGGGCUUUCACCCAAAUGGCUCACAUGUUGCCCUGGUUGCUGUUGUGGCUGGGGUCUGGCAUGGUGCGAGCCAGCCAGCCACAUCUGGGGAUCCGGGUGCCUCUGAGGAAUGGGAUGGGGACCUUGCUACAGGCCCACAGGAUGCAGCGCUCAGCUGAGGAGGAGCAGGAGGAUUCCAGACAAAGAAGCAGUUUUAUGAACAUGAUAGAUAACUUGAGAGGAAAAUCUGGACAGGGCUACUAUGUGGAGAUGACUCUAGGGAGCCCCCCACAAAAGCUGAACAUUCUGGUGGACACGGGGAGCAGUAACUUUGCCGUGGGGGCAGCGCCGCACGCCUUCCUGCGGAGGUACUACCAGCGACAGCUGUCCAGCACCUACCGGGACUUGCGGAAAGGGGUCUACGUGCCAUACACCCAGGGCAAAUGGGAAGGUGAACUGGGGACGGACCUGGUCACCAUCCCCCACGGUCCAAACGUCACCGUCCGCGCCAACAUCGCUGCCAUCACAGAGUCCGACAAAUUCUUCAUCAACGGGUCAAACUGGGAAGGGAUUCUGGGGCUGGCCUAUGCCGAAAUCGCCCGGCCUGACGACACCCUGGAGCCCUUCUUCAACUCGCUGGUGAAGCAGACCCGGGUGCCCAACAUCUUCUCCCUGCAGCUCUGCGGGGCCGGCUUCUUUCCCAACGAGUCCGAGGCCCUGGCGUCGGUCGGGGGCAGCAUGAUCAUCGGGGGCGUGGACCACUCCCUCCACGUUGGCAGCAUCUGGUACACGCCCAUCCGCAAGGAGUGGUACUACGAGGUCAUCAUCGUUAAGAUGGAGAUCAAUGGGCAGGACCUGAAGAUGGACUGCAAGGAGUAUAAUUACGACAAGAGCAUCGUGGACAGCGGGACCACCAACCUCCGGCUGCCAAAGAAGGUGUUUGAGGCUGCAGUGAAAUCCAUCAAAACGGUGUCUUCGACGGAGAAGUUCCCGGAUGGCUUUUGGCUGGGGGAACAGCUGGUUUGCUGGCAAGUCGGCACCACCCCCUGGCAUAUCUUCCCAGUCAUAUCGCUCUACCUGAUGGGCGAGGCGACGAACCAGUCCUUCCGGAUCACCAUCUUACCCCAGGUGGCUCGCGGGGCCCACUCGUGCCACUCCGACGCUGUCUCUGAACCGUCAGGCCGUGCAUACGGGGUAGCCCUGGUCUCCCUCCUGGCGCCAGCGCUGCCCUCUGCUGAGCAAAGCGUAGCCACGGCCCCCGCGCCAGCCGCCCAUCACUGGUGCACUGAGCUGGGGGUCCUGUCCGCAGUGCAUGACGAGUUCCGGACGGCGGCAGUGGAGGGGCCCUACGUGCACCCCAACAUGGAGGACUGCGGUUACAACAUCCCGCAGACGGACGAGUCCACCCUGAUGACCAUCGCCUACGUCAUGGCGGCCAUCUGUGCCCUCUUCAUGCUGCCGCUGUGCCUCAUGGUCUUCCAGUGGCGUUGCUUCCGCUGCCUGCGGCGGGACCACAACGACUUCGCCGAUGACAUAUCCUUGCUCAAGUGACACCCGCUCUGCUGGCGCGAGGGAGCAGCUGGCCGGGGGAGGCAGGGAGGGAGAGCGUGAGCUGAGCUCAUCCGCACAGGCUCCUCUGCCCACAGAGUUUGGCUGGGGCUGGAAACAGCACCAGCCAUUGCCCCAGGCCAGAGCCGGGUCUGUUCUUCCCCUGCCCCCUCCAGUGGCUCAGCCAACACUGCCUGGAGCCGUUGGCUCUGCCCUGGGAGUGGGCGCCGGAGCAACGGGUGAGACUCAGCAGCAGGCCAGGACGCUGGGCCUGUCGGCAGGUUUAUAAGGUCACCAUGGAGUACAUUGAAGCUUGCUCGCUGUUUAACUCCCCUCUGCGUGCAGCAGCCCCGGAGAGCCUGGGAAUCAAACCCCUUUGGUCUCUGGCCAACGUGGACUCGCUCCCUCUCCCUGUUCGGGAUACGGCCUCGCCAAACCGCAGCCCUUGUGCUCCAGGGUACGCCUAUGCCACACUCUAAGCCCGGGCUCUGACUCACGUUUGAGCCCAAGUCCCACUUCCGUCCACACACAAACCCGUCUGACUCAGGUCAGCCAGCACUCAGGACCCUGCUGGGGUGGGUCCGCGUCCUACGGAGGCUCGGGUCCAAGCCCCGUUACAUUGCGGUGUGGACACGGCUCAGAGCCUCAGGCCCGAGUCAGACGGUCUGUGUCGUGCGGCAAGGACCCGGGAGCACGGCUGGGAGAGGCGGGUGCAGCAGCUGUCAACCCAGGUUUACAGCGCAGUGUGGAAACACCAAGUGCACAGCCCAGGUCCCCAGACCCGAGUUUACAACCAAGUGUAGACACAUCCCCAGAGUCCGUGGAGGAAUCAGCCCAGGUCUGAGCAUUGCUUGUUAGCCGCUGCUGCUGCAGAGGGAGCCCAAAACAUUGUUUUUGUGUAGGGCCUACAUAAACCAUGGUCAUUACAUUUCAAUAGUUUGGGUUUUCAAACAUUGUGAACAGUGGUAGAUUCUAAAAUAGCCAUUUAGAAUCCAGGGGAUAUUCCUCCCCAGGCAGCCACUAAUGUACAAUGCCGGCGGGUCAAGCUUUGGGCCUCCUCUCCUGGGAGGUGCCCCUUUCAGACCUCUGAACUGGAAAGACCUACCCAAUAGCACCUUCACUCCGGCAUCGGGAGGGACUGGGCCUCUCAGCUAGAGCGCAGGAGCUGCGGUGAGCCUGGCCUCUAGCAGCGAGUCAGCCUAACCACCCAGCUCCCCUUUCCCCUGCCAGGCAUCGCUGCGACAGACACACAAUGGCAUUCAGGAGGGUCCAUGCCAUUCAGUGCUGUGUGUGCGCAUGUCGCUGUCCUGUUUGCUGCAGCCCCCUUCUCCCCACCCCACCCGCCCUCCUCCCAUCCCCGUGGGCUGCCUGCAUGAGCUGGACUCGACCGCUUGCAUCUCAAGGGCCCUUGGCUGUGGUGAAGUGGGAGCAGAGAGAACGGAUCUUCCCCCAACUGGCUCCUGCAUCUCUUCUGCUCCUCACUGACCCGGCUCUGGGGGCCCCCCUCGGGCCAGCCCCCUCCUCACAGGGGGGUUGAAGGCUGUCGUGUGCAGCCAGUGCUUAAUUGGUAAUGAAAGAGGUGCCGAGGCUCAAGCAAUUUUUUUAACCUUCAGAACUGACACGACAAACCCAGAGGUGCCGGGGCUCUGAACUGCCGAGCCCCCGGCAAGUCCGGCACAGAUUAAGCACUGUGUGCGGCCACCACAAUCCCAUGGUGUCGUACGGGAGCAGGACAGCCGUCCCAGGUAUGAGUGCCGGGGUCUGCCUAGGUGGGCCGAGGAGCAUUCUCUCCAGGGGAGCUGUCCAUGCCUGGGCUGGAGACGGGCCGCUCGCUGCAGGCUGGUGGAGUGAUGUCUGGGCGCCUCAGGCUGCAAGGGGGUUUUCUGCUCCAGGGGUUGCAGCUUAGACCAGUUGACCUAGGGAUAAGUCGCCAGCCCGUCCUGCAGCUCCUAGGGAACGGCUACUUCCCUGCGCUCCCCAAGAGAAGUGCCGCUAAGGGGGCAGCUCUGGCAGCCCCUGCUGGGGUCAGGGAAGGAAUGGGGGAGGGGUACAAUGUUCCUCCACUUUUCAAUCUCUUUGGCCCUGGGAAGUGAAUUGGGGAAAGGUGGGGGCAGGGCAAACCAUCCAUUCCCCUCGUCUCUGCCUGGGCUGCAAAUCAUGGGAAAGAGCCUAACCUGCUCUGGCUCCCAACUCUCCUGCCAAGCGCUGCACACAGCAGCUUUCAACGGGCCUCGCUCUGCAGCACCAGGGGGAGAACCAGCAGCCUCUGCUGCGGCGGGAUGGCACCCAGCCCUGGGACAGGACCAGCAGCCAAGGAAGGUGUGUAAGCCACGAAACCAGACUGUUACCCGGCCUGCUUGGGAAAGCCCCAGGGAAGCCAGAGCUGCCUCUGCGGGUCGCCUCCUCCAGGAGCCCCUGCAUGGAAGGUGCGCUGCACAAGACAGGAUCGCCUCAUACUGCAUCUGGUCCGGAGGGGAAAACCCCUUCCCUGUGCUGGACUUAACCAUCCAAGGUGAUUAGCUCCUCCUGGAAUAUCUGCCUCUGGCUGCAGUGGGGGAAGGCAGUGCCCCAGCCCACCACACUAAAUAGCUUGUUAUUUUGGGGGGUGGGCAGCAGCCACCUCAUCAUCAUCAUUAGUGUGUUUGAAACACAUGGUUGUACUUAAUGUUCCUUGUUUAUAAUGGCAAAGGGCCGGGGAUGUUGUGCUCGAGCAGAGGGCAGCGUGUGUACGUAGCAGGCUGUGCUGUGUGUGAGUGUACCAAUACUGAAUGCUUCUUGCCUGUACAAUAUAUACAUAUUUUUAUAUUUUUAAUGCUAGUGCUGAAAGCCCCUGGUUCAUUGCAAACCCAGCCUGAGGGGGUUUGUGGGUUUUUAAGCACCCUGCUUUGGUUGUGGGCAAAGGAGCCAGGCUGCAAGUCAGGGGUGCUUAGCAGUGGUUUGUCUGAUGGAAGUACUUUAUGGAUCGUUGGUGAUCUGGCAUUUGUGGUGAUGGAUGUAUUGCUGGUAAUAUAUCUGGUGAAGGGGAUGGGGGCACUGGGUUGUGGGGGUGAAAUUAGAUCAUGGACACAGCAGCGGUUCGCAACCCAAAAAAAUGUAUCGCUCAAGGCUGGUUUUGCUUCUGUCCCCUUUCUGUUCAGGGAGGUUUUCCUACUACAGAAGACCCCCCCCCCCCGAAUCCCAGUGAUCAAGGCCUGCACAUUGUGCUUCAGUUCUGGUACUAAUUGUUGCUUUAAAAAGCAACUUUGUUCCUUCUCAACGUGGGUUUUCUUCCUACUUAAUCCUGCAGGCGACUCCUCCUGGGGAACUGGUAACACUGCUGUUCCUAGCCACAGCACAAGGUGAUGGGUAGGCCUUCAUGGCGAGAUUGAAAAGUACAGAGCAGCCUGGGCAGGGGAAGGCACUCAGCCAACCGCAAACACCUGAGCUUUUAGCCCAGUGAAGGAGACAACCGAGGAAACUAGCUGUUUGUAGGAACAUUUGCCCAGCCUGGGAAGUGCUUGUUACAGAGCUUUGCUGAUGCAGUUCCUACAGGGGACCUGGGGUUUAAUGUGCCACUAAAUGGCCCAGCAAGAUAAAGCUGGGCCAUUUGGGAGCAAUGCAGAACGUGUCACUUUGCAGAGGGGCUUGGGAGGCGGGGGUUCAGAUCCCAGCUGUACCUCACAGACGAAUAGUAGCACCACACCCUGCCCUUCUGCACUAGCUUCAUUGUCCGAGGGAAGUGCAGGGGCAGCUGCAACUGUGAAGGAACCAUUGACUCCUAAAGAGGGUAGAGAAAAAACCUCUCUUCAGUGGAGACGUCUCACCUGCUAGCUGGGAUCCAGAGAGGCUGUGCUGGUGGGAGCAGUGUUACUGGAAACUUCCCGUGCACGGUGCAAGAACAGUUCCAAGGGCAGCAAGACAGCGCAAGAUGGAGGGCAGACUGCAGGGCUCUCCUCUGCCCUGAAGACAAGUAACUGACCCUGAGCUCUAGCCCCAGCUGAUUCCAAUAUGUCAGUGGCUCAGACAACAGCAAAUCUCUGACCCCACUUUACUUUUCCUGGGCUGAUUGGAGAGGAGCUGCUGCCAUGACCCCCGAGGGAAGGCUAAACAGAGCUCUGGGGAAUUCCAAGGGGCAGGAGCAAGGAGUGUAGGCCCAACUUUGAGCCUUGGUGGAGGAGAAAAGCAAACAUAGGCAGGUACAAGAAUCACCUUGUUGGGUAACGUUCCCCAGCAGCACAGGCUGGCCGGGCCAGCGUGAGAGAAUUAACAGCAUAAAGAGUGACAAGCAACGGGCAGGGACAGUCCGGUGGCCCUUCUACUUAAAUAUCCCGCAAAGAAAGCAGCAAGGAGUCCCUGCAGUGAAUCACUCGCUAAGAAGCCUGCACUGCAUAGCCAGAAACCUUACAAACUGGCUGGGCCAAGUGAACUCUGACUGUGGGCCCAGCUGCAGCACCCCACCCCCACCAUCAACCUACUUCACUGUUGUUUGCAGUGUUGGUCCCAGGGAUUAGAGAGACACAGGGGGGUGAGGUAAUGUCUUUUAUUGCACCAACAUCUGUGGGUGAGACAGACACACUUUCGAGCUUACAGACAGGUCAGCCCUGCAGAAGAGCUCUGUGUGGCUCCAACGCGUGUCCUCUCAGCAGCAGAAGUUGGUUCAGUAGCAGAUGUUCCCCAGCCCAGUGUCUCCCCACUUCACUAGAGACAGAGGCUUUGCUUUUACCAGUGCCAUCUGGUUCCCAGAACUUGCUCUGGUCCUGCACUCAGGCAGCAGCCUGACUCCAGCCCAGGGGGAAGUUAUGCAACUGAAACCUCCACGCCCCAGUGCCUGCCCAGAACACCUCCGGGACCCCACUCCGCUUGGACCACUCCUUUCAAACGACCGUGUGGGUGCAGAAAUUCACUGACGGGGGCCAAACGCAGCCGUGCUGCAUGCGAGUGACACUUCCAUUGACUUCGGUGGAGUUGCAGCUGCUUACACCAGUGCUGAAUUUGUCGCAGGGACUGUGCAGAAUCUACAAAGCAGGGGCCAGAUCCUGAGAGGUGCUGGGCACCAUUAACUCCCAUUGAAAUCAGUAGAGAUCACUGGUUACACCAGCCCGAUGGAGGAAGAAGAGCUCAGAGGGGGCAAAUUGGGUCUAGAAAGCUUUGUUAUUCUGAGCUGCAGCGCAGCCAGCGUUAUCUCCUGAAGAACUCCCGUCCCAUGGGCCCUGGGUUAGAGUAACAGCGCCUGCGACGACCACACCGUGCGUCCCGCUCUCUGCCCCACCAUUUGGGGAGCGGGACGAGGAGUGGGGAUAGUUACUCUUAGCGGCUACUAUAGACGCCCAUACUCUGUAACCCUAAUGUCGAUGUAAGAAUAAUGAAUGUUACACAGUAAAUUAUUACAUUAAACAGAAAAGCCUUG